CGACAAUUGUAUCUCUGUGCUAAUCUGUCAUGGCAGCUUGAGCUGAUGUAGGUACUUACGAAGUUCUAUUUUGUUGCUGACUGGUUGAUGCACCGCACAUUAAAGUUUUGAUGUAUUGUAUGGAACAGUAAGCUAAGUAAAGUUAGUGUUUGUACAAAAUUCUUUGAAUAGUUCACUAGUUUAUCUUAUUCUAAUUCUUCCCUUUCAUGUAAGUUUUAAACUUGAAUGCACAUAAUUAUCACUGGUUUUGGGCUUUAUGGAAGUUGCGAAUACAAUUCUAGUUCGUUGGCUGUUAAUCGUUUGAGACAAAUUUGGAAUAAAACUUAUACUGAUGCUUGUACUGGUAUAAAACUACACACAAUAGAGAAUGUUCCUGUUACGUAUAAAGCUGUUGACCAAUGCGUUAAUUCUAUCUGGAAAGAAAACCCUGAUUUAGUGAUACAUGUCGGUAUGGACGCCAGUGUGACGAUGCCAAUUUUGGAAACUCUGUCAUAUAAUAGUGGUUACGAUAAACCAGAUAUGGAUGGCGCUUAUUGUGGAAAUAAUGGUUGUGUUAAUAUUCAUGGUGAACCAAUCCUUUAUUGUAACAUGAAUUUGAGUAAAGCAUACAGUAAACUAGUGGAUAAUCAUAUCCCUUGUUCAAUUUCAAAUGAUCCAGGCAGGUUUUUAUGUGGCUAUAUAUACUACAAAUCACUGGAAUAUUCACCUGAUCGAGUUGUUUUCAUACAUGUCCCAUGUGCAGCUAGAAUGUCUGUUGAAGAUACUGCUAUUUCACUUCUACAGAUAAUUCGUGAACUAACUGCUUUAAAAGGAGUUAUAAUUCCUUAUACAUUGACUACUCAACAGCAAACAUCUUAAAAUUUUAUUUCCUAUAAAUUUUUGUGAGUGAAUUAGUGGAACCUCAAUUAACCUGCGCAGUGAUCUUCUCUAUACACUGAGAAAAGCUGAUUUCAUGUCAUUAUUUUUAUACUCAUUAUGCCUGCAUUCUUUUAUGCUCUGACGGCAUUAACAAACCAUUAAAAUGAACUCAAUUUUCUGUACAAAAUAAUUUACUUUCAGAAUCGAAUUUUCUGAGUGAUUUCCUUACUGUUGGUGAACAUUGAGAAGAUAAUGCACAAUUUGGAGCUUGAAUUAUAGCGAAGAAAUAAAACAAAAUGAAAAUAAAGGAAAUGACAAUAAAUUGUUUUUUACAAAUAAAUUAUGAAAGUUAUGUCAAUGUUGUAUUUAUCAUGGAAAGAAGAAUAAAGUUUAGAUCUUAAGUAUAGUUUAUUUUUAAUGUGCUUAUUUUUUAAGCCACGUAAGUACGACAC